AUGUCGUUCUGUGACUUGACUACUGACCUGGGACACUUACAUUACAAGAUCAGGUCAAGGUUGACAACACAACCUACUACAACAUCAACACAACAAACAACGACGAAGCAAACAACCACAGCAACAACGGAGACAACAACUGUUAUCAAAACAACUGAGAAACCUACACAGCCACCAUCAACGUCCGUCCCGUCUACAUCAACCACUUUACCAUCAACCACAGAAGGAUACCGUCUCUGUGCAACCUACACCGACCAAACGUCACCAAACCCCAGAAACAAGCAGAGAUGUGCGACAGCAGAGGAGCUGUGCUUCCUGCAACAGUACACAGCCCCCGACAACUACAAGCUCUACCGGAGUGGAUGCUCCACCAAGCAGAACUGUAAUGUCAUUAGUGACACAUCACGUGACCCGACCGUGCUGUACGGAAAAUGUGGCAACUCCAACGAAGAAAACUUGAAUGAAUUCCUCCGCUACCAACAUGAACAUGAAAUGGAUAAUCUGCGUCACGACGCCAACUGUAGGAAGUGCACAGCAGCCUCACUUCAGACGUCACACGACUGUGGUCUCUACCAGACGUGUCUCCCAGAGCAGGCAUGCGCAGUGCAGGUGACUAAUGAUGGCGACACAAUGAACCUGUACAGCGAGUGCGUGCAACAAACGGAAUGCAACUUCUUGCAGACCAACUACAUGCACCUAUCCAGCUCCCAUCUUUCCAUCCUCUGUGGUGGUUGCUGUGGCAACAUGACAUGCGCUGUAGACGUGUGUAAAGGUCAACUGCUGUCCGGAAGACGAUAGGUUGACCAGCACUCCCCGCCACAGGUAUGCCGAGGCUGGACAGCGAUACAAGUGGAUAUAUAAACUUGAUGUUUUAAACCAAUAAACAACCAUUUGUCUCAUGACAAGAAGCUGAUUUAA